AUGGCCCGCCAACGUGUCAGUGAUGACCCAUACGGCUCACAAGUUACUGACGACUUGUACAACACAGACGCAUCUUUCUCCGCAGUAGAGGAUGCAGAUGCUGACGACCUCCUUGACGUAGACGAGGAUGUAUCAAGCCAAGAGAGCAACGCAACGGACGUAGAGGACUUCAGUAAUGACAAUUCCAAUAUUGCAGAUCAAGUCCACCUCUUUGUAAGGAAUCUUCAUCCGCUGGAGUACUACAAGAGGGCGCUAUUAGAGUUCAAGAAGAGUGCUUUUAACAGUGGAGAUUACAGUUCUGAAAGCACUAUACAAUUUGAUGCAAUUAAGAAGCAGUGA